AUGGCUGAGGUUCCACCGCUCCAAGUUGAUCCGGACUUUGAGCCUCUCACCCGGCCGCGCUCUUGCACCUGGCCGCUGCCGGAGCUGAUCGACCCAGCCGGUUCCACAACAUCCUCCCCGGCCCCGUCGGUGAAGCAGGAGCCGGCUGGAAACGGUGAUUUUCCACGCAACUUGUGCUUGCUGGAGGAGGACUAUGAAGAGAAGCCGCAGCACUUGCACGUCCAGUUGCGCCCCCACCAACACCUGCAGCAGCCGGGCUCGCAGCUCGCACCUCAGCAACAGGUGCUCCCUUCUGGCGCGACAUCCUUGGGCGGCUCUUGCCAGAGGAAGAGCAGCUCGUCCCGUCGCAACGCCUGGGGGAACAUGUCAUACGCCGACCUCAUCACCAGGGCCAUCGAGAGCUCACCCGAGAAAAGGCUGACCCUGUCCCAAAUUUAUGACUGGAUGGUGAAUAGUGUGCCUUACUUCAAGGAUAAAGGAGACAGCAACAGCUCUGCGGGAUGGAAGAACUCCAUCAGACACAACCUUUCACUGCAUAGUCGCUUCAUGCGCAUUCAGAACGAAGGAACGGGCAAGAGUUCGUGGUGGAUGCUGAACCCCGACGGAGGAAAGAACGGCAAGUCGCCUCGACGCAGAGCUGCUUCAAUGGAUAACAACAGCAAGUUUGCCAAGAGCCGAGGAAGAGCUACAAAGAAGAAGAUUGCACUACAGGAUGGUGCUGAUGGAGGAGCAAGCAGCCCUGGCUCACAGUACUCCAAUUGGCUUGGAAGUCCAAGCUCCCACAGCGAGGACUUUGAGUCCUGGAGCUCCUUCAGAACACGCGCCAACUCAGACGCCAGCACCCUGAGCGGCCGCCGUUCACCUUUUUCCUCAGAACAAGAUGAACUCGGGGAAGCCGAAGGUCACCUGAUCUACCCCGGGGGGAGUAAAAUUGCCGCCCCGCUGCCCAGCCUAUCCGAAGUAUCCGGAUCCAUGGGUGGCUCGGAGAUGGUCAUGGAGAACCUGGCUGACAACAUGAACCUGCUGUUUCCCAAGAAGCCCCAAAUGGCUUCUGACUCUUCCAAUGUUGCCAUGCUUCAGAGCAGUCCCUAUAAUCCCACUCAGCUGCAACAGGACUUCCGAAAAUGCAUGUACAGUCGGCCCAGGAUGGACCCCAUGCCUUCUGUCCCCAUGAACAAACAUGAUUACAGGUCUUAUGAGAACCACUAUAGCUGCCCUGCUGGCCUCCUUAAAGAUCUGCUGACGUCAGAAGCAGACACCAGUAGAAACAUGAGUCUCUUUAAGGAAUCAAUCAUUUCUCAUGUUGGGAGAGGCCAGUGUCCAAGAAGUCCUUAUGAUAGUCAAAGCCAAUUGGGGGUCCAUAAUGGCGCUAAAAUGAUCCGUCACGUGAAUCCGCUAUCGAUUCAUGACCAGUAUUCUCCAACUUCGCGAGAUUUAAAUAGUGGCUCCACGAUCCCCUUGACCAGUCUUGGUUGUUUCCUGGGGGCCCCUCCUCAAAUGACUAGCCUGAGGACAUGCAUGCAGCCGGCCGCAGGGAAUGAUGUCACACCUCCCUACCGCAGCAGCAGCUACAGGGAGCUUCAUUCACGUGCGCAUCACCAAGAGCGGCUACCCAGCGACCUGGACAAUAUGUCAAUUGAGAGGUUUGAAUGUGACAUGGAAUCUGUCCUCCAUGAAACCCUCAUGGAUGGCGGUGCACUUGACUUCAAUUUCGACCCGGCGGCCGCGUCUCAAGUCUUCCCUCAGAGGGUGAAGACUACCACGCACAGCUGGGUGUCAGGCUAG